UCCAAAUUCAUAUUUGGCAGAACUUGGAAUGGACUCCAUGAUGGCCGUGGAAAUUAAGCAAACUCUGGAACGAGAAUUCGACAUAUUUUUCUCUGCGCAAGAGUUACGAAAUCUUACUUUUACCAAGCUCAGUGAGAUAUCCAAUGCAAGUGCAGAUAAUACGCAGGAUAUAAAUAAACUGGAUAUUGUGCAGCCAAACUUGAAAUUUUUAAUUGGUGUUAUAAAAGACAAAGAUUUCAUUUCAGAAACUUGUUUAGAUUUCUCGACUAAAAGACAGAAAACUACAACCGAAGUAUUUCUCAUACCAGGUAUCGACGGAUGUGGAACUGUAUUCAAUCAUUUAGGGCAAAAUAUUAACUUCUCAGCAAGGGCCCUGUGUUAUUAUACAAACAACAUCGAUGCUACAGACAUUAUAUCAGACACGAGUGAUCAUCUUAUAAACCAUAUAUUACCAAAACUGACAGCUGGAAAAGAUUUCAUAAUGGUAGGGUACUCCUUCGGGUCUAUUAUCGCAAUUGAACUAACGAAAAGAUUGGAAGCUAUGAAUUUUAAAGGACGGCUUAUUCUCAUCGACGGCGCUCCUGAGCAAUUACGAACACUAUAUCAAGAGUGCAGUUUUGCAAUUUUGGAUGAUACAGAUCUCCAGAAUAUUGUUUUAAUCAAUAUUAUGGAAAUUUAUUCAGCAGGAGAUACUGAAAAAAUUCUAACGGAACUGAAGAAAUACAAGACCUGGGAAAAGAAAUUUAGUAUCUUCGCCAAAGAAUUUUUAGCUACGAACACGUCUCUCUCACUCGAAAAUUUAAAAACACUGUGCACAACAGUAUAUAAAUAUUCAUCAGCUAUUCCGCAAUAUGAUUCUUCUACGCUGACACCUAUGAAGUCUUCCAUAAUGUUGUUAAAAGCUACGAACCCGUUGCUUAGAUCCGUGAUUGAAGAGGAUUAUGGUUUGCAGGAGAUAACUCAAAAUGUGGUGAAAAUACAUUCCAUUGAGGGUACUCACGUGACAAUAUUAAACAGUGAGAAAAUAACAGCUGCGAUUAAUGGAGAGCCGCCAUUUGCAAUUUAAUGUUUUAAGUUAUUUAUAAUUUUAUUUCAAAUUUACGUCCGUUAUAAAACUUAUAGCAAUCUGCAUGGUGCAUGGUUUAUAUGUAUCUACACGGUGUAUGGUUUAUAUAUCAAAUAUAUUUUAACUCCGUUAUUU